AUGAAUAACGCGUCCUCAACGUCCUCACCCGGAAAAUCACGUCCUCCUCACAAGCUCAUUUACGCCACUGGAGCCAUUGUGGAUCAUGAAGUGAUGAUUAGAAAACGACAAGAACUAAUGGAGUAUGCCUGUGAUCUCAAACUGGACCCAAACACAGUAAACAGAGUCCUCUCUCUGUCUGAGGGGAACAGAAAGGUGACACAGGGAGGAUCUCAGUCGUAUCCUGAUCAUCCAGAGAGAUUUGAUGACUGGCAUCAGGUCAUGUGUAGAGAGAGUCUGACUGGACACUGUUACUGGGAGACUGAGUGGAGUGGGAGAGGUGCUGGUAUAUCAGCGACAUAUAAAGGAAUCAGGAGGAAAGGAGGGAGUGACUGUGAGUUUGGACACAAUGAAAAGUCCUGGAGUCUGUGGUGCUCUGAUAACAGUUACACUGCCGUUCACAAUAAUCAGACAACUCACAUACCUCACCACCCCUCACACACACACAGAGUAGGAGUGUAUCUGGACUGGUCGUCUGGAACUCUGUCCUUCUACAACAUCUCCUCUGUCACACACACACUCACACACUUACACACAUUCCACUGCACAUUCACUGAACCCCUCUAUGCAGGGUUUUAUGUUUAUUCUGGCUCCUCAGUGUCUCUGUGUCAGAUAAGAUAA